AUGCUCGUGCCUGCGGCGCCAAUCUUGCGAUGGUUGCCCGCGGGCCCUCCCAUCUUGUGCCCUGCGCCUCCUUGGGCACAUGCCGUGGGGACAAGGGGCAUGCCGACCCUGCCUGGCAGGGAGUUUGACGCCUCACCCACGGACACAUAG